AUUUCUCACCCAACGCCGUAUUCCCCUACUCAUUCCUGUCUUCAUCCCCUGAUCCCCUUUCAUUCUCUCUUCCCUAAGACCCUAACCUUAUUCAAUAUUCCGCAUAAUUCUAGCGCCGGAAGCCCGUAUCCUUCCUCAUUCAUCUUGUAUUUUCUUCAUCUUCAUCUUCAACUUUGGUAGUCCAUCUACUCUUCAAGAAAGAUGUUGGAGUUGGUGUGACUUUGAGUGCACCAAUGACAUGUGAUUGGGAUGAUUUUCAAUGCGUGGUUAGUGUGUGUGUAUGUGAUGAGCCAUGAUAUGUUAGUAUGGGAAAUGAGAAGACUCCAAGUGAAGUCUAGAGCAGGCAGCAACAAUAGCAACAAGACUUCUGAAGAUCAGUAGCAGUUUGACCAAGCUGCUCGACCAAGACCUCAGCUUGCUCGACCGAUUUGCAUUCUCUGGUGAUGCCUUUGGGGACUCUCCAGCCAAGUUUGGUGACUCGGGUUAUUGGAGGGACUUCUUGUUUACAAGCAUGCCUUUUGCAUACUCUACCCAAUGUUUCUUAUAUCAGAAAAUCAGAGUUUGUGAAGCUCAAUGUCUACUCUAAAUUUGGAUUUAUUGACCAUUUGAAGGUAUGUGGUAAUCUAUCCAAGUUUUUGUUGAAAUAUAGAGUUUUGCCGCAAACUUCUAGUCGUACUUCUCCUUUGGUUGUUAACAAUGAUUAUCCCCAAAAUGCGGAUUUGCCAAAAUAUUACUCUAGGAAGGAAAAGAAACCUUUUCCAGUACCUAUAGUAGAGCUGAGGCGAGCAGCCAGAGAAAGAUUAAAAAAUAGCAGAGGCCAGCGUAGGAGACCUGUGCCACCACCUAGAAAUGGAUUGUUGGUUAAGAGCCUGAUACCAGUUGCUUAUGAUGUCCUAAAUGCGAGGAUAUUAUUGAUAAACAAUCUGAAAAAGCUUUUGAAGGUUGUCAACGUCCAUGCUUGCAAGUACUGCAAUGAGAUCCAUGUGGGACCUGUAGGGCACCCAUUCAAGUCUUGUAGGGGCCCAGGAACAUCGAGUCGGCAUGGUCUUCACGACUGGGGAGCUGCUGUGGUGGAAGACAUUUUGGUCGAGCCGGAUGCUUAUCAUUUGUAUGAUCGUCUGAGGAAACGUAUUGCUCAUGACGAAAGAUUUUCGAUUCCCCGAAUUCCUGCUGUAGUUGAGCUUUGCAUUCAAGCUGGAGUUAAUCUUCCGGAAUACCCUGCAAAGAGACGGAGGAAAGCCAUUAUUCGUAUUGGGAAAAAUGAAUUUAUUGAUGCAGAUGAAAGUGAGCUGCCAGAUCCUGAUCCAGAAAGCCCCACACUUCCAAUUUUAUCAGAAAUACCUGAAUCAGAAAUAGUACCAGCAUCUAGUACAGAGGAAAUUGUCUUACUUGCUGAAGAAACUCUCCAAGCAUGGGACAGGAUGAGACAAGGAGCCAACAAGUUGAUGAAAAUGUACCCAGUUAGGGUUUGUGGGUAUUGCCCUGAGGUGCAUGUGGGUUCUUCCGGGCACAAGGCGCAGAACUGUGGAGCUCACAAGCAUCAGCAACGAAAUGGGCAGCAUGGCUGGCAGAGGGCAGUUCUUGAUGACUUGAUACCCCCAAGAUAUGUGUGGCAUGUUCCUGAUAUCAAUGGUCGUCCAAUGAAGAGAGAACUUCGUAGCUUUUAUGGUCAGGCACCUGCCGUGGUAGAAUUGUGUGUACAAGCUGGAGCUGCAAUUCCUGAACUAUAUGCACCAACCAUGAGAUUGGAUAUAGGAAUUCCUGGAAGCAUUGAGGAAGCUGAAAAGGUGAUCUAAAGUGAAAUUGCAAUCUCAAAAACCAAAAAGAAGAGUAAAAGAUUGAGAAUAUUCCGAGAUGAUGAAAUAAUUAAAGUGAAGGUGUCUGCAUCAGUUAUAUCCAAAUUUCCUACAAUGACUAUUUGCUUGUGCGUCAUGAAAAGAAAAUGUCGUGGAGCGACUUAGAAGAUCACUCGUCUUUCGAUGAAUCAUCAUCGAGUUAUACAGAAUCAGACGAUGGAAGAUAUUGGAGGUACCUUAGAUUUCAUGGACUUCUUUAUUUAAAAUUUUGUGCUUAUCGGUUAUCCUUCAACCAAAAUGAAUACAAUUUCAAUUAUCUUAAUUUUCCAAGAAUCAUAGUAGUAUGUGUCAAAUUUUGGCUUGUAAAAGCAUCUUGUAAGUCAGUUUGAUUACAUCAAUUUUUUUUAAUGUGUAAAUAAAAAUAUAGUCAAGUGGAAUCUUGUUUGAAUCGUCUUAUGACAUGUUUUUAUAAUAUUAACUUUUUA